AUGGAAGGUCCCGGAAAAACUCCAUCAACUGUUGAGAAAUCAGGGGAAAAGUGGGAGCCCAUUACGCUGGAAAGGUUUCUAAGGUAUGCAAACAUAUUUUACCUAUCCAUAGGAAUGGAGGCCUACGACCAUCAGGACAGCCGAAAGAUGAGAGCGCUCCUGCUCCGCUGUGUAUUUAUCGCACUCAUCCUGAACCUGAAUUUCGUGCUCUUCUCCGAGUUGAUUUAUGUGUUCCUGGCGAUUGGAAAAGGCACAAACUUCCUGGAGGCCACCAUGAAUCUAUCCUUCAUUGGCUUCGUGAUCGUUGGCGAUCUCAAGGUGUGGCACAUCUGGCGCAAGAGGGACCAAAUCACCCAUGUCGUGCGGGAGAUGGAGCAGCUGCAUCCCAGGGCAAAGCAUCAGCAGGAGGCCUACGAAGUGGCAAAGCAUCUGAGUGGAUAUAAUCGCUACAGCAUCUUCUACUUUGGCAUGCACUUGGUGUUGAUCUGGACGUACAAUCUCUACUGGGCGAUCAACUAUCUGGUGUACGAUUUCUGGUUGGGCAUCCGCCAGUUCGUGAGGAUGCUACCGUACUACUGCUGGGUGCCUUGGGACUGGAGCACCAACUCUAGCUACUAUCUGAUGUACGUGUCCCAGAAUGUGGCAGGACAGACGUGUCUUUCGGGACAGCUGGCCGCCGAUAUGUUAAUGUGCGCCCUCGUCACGCUGCUGGUGAUGCACUUCAGUCGCCUGGGCCGUCGCAUCGAGGAGCAUGUGGCUGGCUUAGUCUCACCGCAGCAGGAUCUGGCAUUCCUUCAGGCAGCUGUCGUCUACCAUCAGCGCCUCCUGCAGCUCUGCCACAACGUCAAUGAGAUCUUUGGCGUUUCGCUGCUCAGCAAUUUCGUGUCCUCUGCAUUUAUCAUCUGCUUUGUGGGCUUUCAGAUGACAAUUGGUGGCCAGAUCGAUAAUCUGGUGAUGCUUGUGCUCUUUCUGUUCUGUGCCAUGGUGCAGGUGUUUAUGAUCGCAACCUAUGCACAGCGACUGCUGGAUGCGAGCGAGCACAUAGGCCAAGCUGUCUACAAUCACGACUGGUUCCAGGCAGAUCUUCGGUAUCGGAAAAUGCUGAUUUUCAUUGUGAGGCGAUCCCAACAGGCAAGUCGCUUAAAGGCCACCAUAUUUCUCAAUGUAUCCAUGGUCACAGUUUCAGAUCUCUUGCAAUUAUCGUAUAAAUUCUUUGCCCUUCUCCGCACAAUGUAUGUGAAGUAGUUCAGUCAGAUUUCAUUGGGAGUGUGGAGUGUGAGGCAGCAGCAUGUGGCAGUGACAAUACGAGUACCAGCAUGGCAGCGGAAUCCACCAAAUCAUCGUUCGGCAAUAACUUACGCCA